AUGGUCGUCAAGGAGCACCGCCGGAAGGCCACGAUCAUCUGGACAGGCCUCCUGGUGGGCUUCCUAGCUUACGUUGGGUACAUCAUAUGGGAGACUAUUGAAUCUCGAAAGGACCCCGCUUCGAGCAUCGAGCUCAAGGUAGACAAUGACAAGUUCCAGUGUGAUUGCGGCUCCGAGUGCGAAGACCGGGUUCAUGUAGUUGCAGAAUGUCCGCCGUUGUACAAGAAAGAGAGGGACCUGUACAUGACUGAGCUGGGAAAAGUAGAAGGAACAUUCAGGGAGAUAUUUGAGGCAUGGAACAGCCAGGAGAAGACGGUAGCCGUAAUGGGGCAUAGCAAGUAG